CCGCCUCCGUCGCAGCCCGGACGGCGACGGCGGCGACGGCGGCGUUGCCACGGCGCCCCGCCGCCGACGAGGUCAUGCCCCCGUGGGGGCCGAGCCAGGAGGUGGUGGCGGAGUUCUACGCGACGGACUUCAGCAAGGCCGCCGUCCGCGAGAGGUUCGCCCGCGAGUCGAGGGAGGCGGCGGCGGCCGCCGGCGUGUUCCGGCCGCUCGCCGACAACUUCGGCGACAUGCGGGGGUUCGAGUACGCGCACGACACCGAGGAGUACCACCUGGGCAUGCCGUUCGGCGCCCUCAUGGCGUGCAUCGCCGUGUACCAGCUGUGGAAGGCCGCGCCGUGGCUGUGCCUCGACGCCGCGCUGGCGUUCGCCUUCUACUAGCUCAGCGUCAUCGCGGCGGACGUGCGGAGGCGCGGCUUUUCUGCCGAUUUGAUCAUACGCAUUAAAUUAGUUAUCCUCUUUUUCAUAACCUUCAGGGACUUCCGCAAUAUGAUAUCCCCUCUUGAUUUUAUCAGGUUUGUGUUUAAAAAAAUCAUCCACUCAAACUCUAUCUCGGCAUUUGGGGGUUCUUGAGGGAUUUGCAUUUUUUAUGCCGUAUUUGCUUAAGCAUGCACUAUGUAUUAUACAAGCUUUGACCAUGCUUUCUUUGUGCAAUCAGGCUUCCUAUGUUUUACAUAUAUUAUCUUUCGUUCAUGUGGGACUUGUCCGGGAUGAAGAAAUACGCAAAAUAUGCUCUUCCAGCUUUGAUGGAGGAUCUACCAGCGUGUUUCUGAAACUGACUUAUAUAUAUCGAUAUGUAGUGAAGACUGAAACAUGAGAAGGAAGAUGCACGAGUUACUUUUAAUAUAUCUUUCUAUUUGUAUUCAUCUUGAUUUAUUCACCUUGAAUUUAUCCUUUUCUUACUCCCAAAUCAAGUUUGUACUUAAGAUUUGGAGAUUUGAUGGUAAUGGAUUUCCUGCCUAUAUCUAUAUCUGUAAUAUUUUCAUUUAUUUAGAGAGCUUUUAGGGGUUUUCGCUGGAUAUUUCCCUCGACGCCUAUUGGGAGAGAUGUUCUCUGCACCAAAUUGCUCCAAAACUAGUGUAGACGGAGUCAUGUGAAACUGUCCUAUCCUAAGGUUCUUUGAUACUUGGUACUAGCUAUAGAGUAAUAGAUAGUGUAAUGUGCAAUUAAUUUACUUGAAAAUCUAAUUCGCGGUCUAUCAAAA